UGAGUGGGCGGGGUUAGAGACGGUUGUCAAUGGAGUGGACGGAAUUAAAGGCAGCUCCCAGUGGAAUGGGCGGAGUUCAAAGGGGGCUGCCGGUAAGUGGGCUGAGUUAAAGGCGGCUGCUAUAAGAGUGGGCGGGGUUAUGGUGAAGGUUGAUUGAGAGCCCACCAUUAGUACAUGUUUGCGCUGCGGUCCGGUAGUCUCUAUUAUUUUACACACCAAUAAGGAAGUACGUAUACGUUUUAAACAACCGGAUCCAUCGCUGCCAUUUUAUUACACCGGAACGAGUGUACGCGCACCCUCCCCUGGAUAUAAGAAAGUUGAAGAGGAAGCAGCCGCUGCGACUCAUGUGCUGUUCAGUGUAGGAGGUUAGCUUCUGGCUUUACGCAAUCGGAGGAAACGAUGGCUCGGCUCGGUCAAGGCGGAUUUGGGAGACGCUGAAGCUCGGGAAAACGCUGGAGGGGAGGAGGACAGCCGCUGAAAUGAGAUGAGGCUCAGAAAUGGAACUGUUGCCACUGUCCUCAUCUUCUUCACCUCUUUUCUCAGUCUGUCCUGGUACACAGCCUGGCAGAACGGAAAGGAGAAGUUGGUAGCAUAUCAGCGGGAGUUUCAUGCUCUGCGUGAGCGUCUUCGUGCGGCUGAGCACCGAACCCUGCAGCGCUCCUCGGAGCUGAACACUAUCCUGGAACAGUUCCGACGUGCCAUCGCCGAGACCAACAGCAGCAAGGAUCCCCUCGCCAACUUCUCAGAUGAGACCCAGAAACUGUUGAAGGACCUGGCACACAGGAAGCCUCUCCAAGUGCCAAAUAUCUUCCACCACUUGCCACACCUGCUAAACAAUGAGGGCAGCCUACACCCUGCGGUGCAAGUUGGCCAGGGACGCACAGGAGUUUCUGUGGUAAUGGGGAUCCCUACCGUGAAGCGGAAAGUCAAGUCGUACCUGGCAGAGACUCUGCAUUCGCUCAUCGACAAACUCUCACCUGAAGAGAAGCUUGACUGCGUAAUCAUAGUCUUCGUAGGGGAGACGGACAUAGAUCAUGUGCACAGUGUGGUCUCCGGCCUUGAGAAAGAAUUUUCUACAGAGCUGAAUUCCGGGCUGUUGGAGGUCAUCUCUCCUCCUGCAAGUUACUACCCAGACCUCAACAACCUCAAAGAGACCUUUGGGGACUCCAAAGAGAGAGUGAAAUGGAGGACCAAGCAGAACUUGGAUUAUUCAUUCCUCAUGAUGUACGCAGUCAGCCGAGGAGUUUAUUAUGUCCAGUUAGAAGAUGAUAUCGUUGCAAAGCCCAACUACUUUGCCACUAUGAAGAACUUUGCUCUGCAGCUGGCCUCUGAAGACUGGAUGAUCCUGGAGUUCUCCCAGCUAGGUUUCAUCGGUAAGAUGUUCCAGGCUCCUGAUCUGAAUCUCAUAGUGGAGUUCAUAUUUAUGUUCUACAAGGAGAAGCCUAUCGACUGGCUGUUGGACCACAUUCUCUGGGUGAAAGUUUGCAACCCUGAGAAAGAUGCCAAACACUGUGAGCGACAGAAGUCCAGUCUGCGGAUUCGCUUCAGACCAUCUCUAUUCCAGCAUGUGGGCCUGCACUCUUCGCUUGCAGGGAAAAUUCAGAAACUCACGGAUAAGGACUUCCUGAAGCCACUGCUGCAUAAGAUCCAUGUUAAUCCACCAGCAGAAGUGUCCACCUCUCUUAAGGUGUAUCAGGGCCACACGCUGGAGAAGACCUACACGGGAGAGGAUUUCUUCUGGGCCAUUACUCCCAUGGCAGGAGACUACGUGCUCUUUAAGUUUGACCGUCCAGUCAGCCUCGAACGGUUCCUGUUCCGCAGUGGGAACCAGGAGCACCCAGGGGAUAAAAUCGAGAACACCACGGUUGAAAUUCUGCCCUUCUCGGAAGCGGAACUGAAGACCAAAGAGAAGUACAAACGCACAGGUGACCAUUUUUACAGAAUCGCUGAUUUUGAGAACGGAGUAGCUGAGGGCAAAGUGGACGCUGCCUUUAACCCGGUGGCUGCCGUGCGUCUCAGUGUUCUGAAGGACUCUGCGGUGUGGGCUAUUAUCAGUGAGAUCCACAUCAAGAGACUCGCUGGAUAGUUGUGUGUAGGCCUCCGCCAGUCGUGCUCCCAUGAGGCCCAGCUGUGCUGUAAAGGCCCUUGCAGGGAUUUUAACAGAGUGACAUUUUCAAAGCGCAUGGACGCUACCAAUCAGAGUGUCACAUUAAGGAUUGCUGGCUCAUUCUCUCUUCAUCCCUUUAUAUAUUUCUCCUGUUUUUUUUUUCUUUCUUUCUUUCUUUUUUUUUUUUUACUUUAGACUCUUUCUUUAUUUUUCUUUUAAGGAUUUCAUUUAUUUCCCCAAGACACUUUCUUCGUGUUUUCUGCUUGUCAAUGUGAAUACUACUGUAUAAAAGAUGCCCUCUUUUUUUUUUUUGAACUGACUAAACCAGACACUGAAGUUUGAGCCUUGAGGAAUCGUGUUUAGUGCUGUAUCUAAUUAAAGGUUGGUGUUUGUAGGAUUGUUGGCCGGUGCUGGAGAGAAGGCGAUCCUUCCCACCGAAGGAGAAUAUUACCAGUACUGACUCCUCGUGGACACUCCAUUUCACGACCAGUAUGACAAAGCAAGGCAAACAUAUUUUGGUGUAUUUUGUUUUACUUUCAUUUUUUAAUGUUGGUGUAUAUUUUACAUAAAGUUAUCAGGACAAAAAAAAAAUGAAGACAUUUUCUGUUUAAAAAAAAAAAAAAAAAAAAAAAAAAAAAAAAGUUAGUUUCUCACUCCUUGAGUUUGACAGAACAGGGAUAGGGCACUCUGUUCAAACAUUUCAUUAUGUUUCAAGAAACAGUUUGUUGUAAUGACUACUUUGCCAAAAUGCUUUUGAAAGAAAUUUUUAACGAACAGAAACCAUAGUUCAGAACUUCUGUAUAAUAGGACAUUCCGCCUACCCUCUUCCCCCCUCCCUAAACAGUGUCCUUUGAUAUUCAACCAAUCAACAAUUGCCUUUCAAAAGAAGGGACACACUUAUUUUCACGAUCUAUAAAGGUGAUAUAACUUAUUUGAAAUAAAUGUUUAAUUUGUACAAGAGUUAUUUUUUAUUUUAUUUUUUUUUUUAUGCUGUGAAAAGUUUAUGAUGCAGAAAACAAUUUGGUAAAUAUUUGAAGUAUAUUUAUGCUUUACAAUGAUUUGAAAGUGAGGAAUUGGGGUCUGUUUUUUCUCUAUAUAGUUGCAAUGGGUGCAGGUCCCCCACGUUUGUGCCUUAUUGUCCAGAAAGGGACUGCCUCUGUGUCAGAAACCCUGUUUUUAUACAGGAGUAACCCGGGCAAGAAGUUCCCAGUUCAGUCCUUGAAAAUCCCUCUUUUUUUUUUUUU